AUGGAUGAACUGACUGCUGCUCGCGAGGCAAUAUCUCGUGUUGAGGAGACGUCGAAGGGAGAAGUUCAUGCUUCUGAGAUUACUUUUCUCAUCCAGUCCAUUUCAAUCAUCUCACAGACUGUGGUCAAGUCGGAGGCUACUUCGGUUUGUUGUCUGGCUACUGGUGAGGAGUUUGCUGGAUCAUCUUUGUGUCUUGGGCGGCCAGAGCCGGGGUACUAUGAUCUGCUAUACCUUUGGCGGGAACUGAAAGAAAAUAUGUUUGUACUGAUUCGGCCUCAUCGCAAGGUUUCAUCUAUGCCGCUUGUAACGAUCCAUGUCGCUCAGCUUCAGAAAUUGGUCAACCCGGCUGUAGCAUACCUGCACGAAUAA